AAUGCUUCAAGAAAAUAUUGCUUAUCAUGAUUUAGCUUCAUUUAUGGCAUUUGCUUCAGAAUCUGUUAAUGAUUUAAAUAAACAUCUAAAAAAGGAAGGUGAAUGUAUAAAUUCUCGAAAUUUUCGUCCAACUUUAGUAAUAUCUGGUUUGCCUCCAUAUGAUGAGGAUAGUUGGUUACGUGUUAAGGCUGGAGAUGCAGAAUUUAUUUGUUAUAAACCUUGUACUCGAUAUAGACUUGCCCCUGGAAAAUUAUACGAGAUAUAUAAGGAAAGUCCAAUAUUUGGUGUUAAUAUGACUAUUGUUAAACCUGGACGUGUUCGUAUUGGAGAUCCUGUAUUUAUUCAAUAUAAGCCUACACCUUUUUAAAUUGUAGAAGAAGGAAAUAUUUAAAAAAUAAAUAUUUAAAUAAAAUUUAAUAAAAAUAUU